AUGGGUUAUGCUCCCUCGGAUCCUUUUGCUGCUGCACCUGGCGUGCUGCCCUCAUUUGUAUGCGAAUUUAUGCAGUGUCUAUCCACCUCGCAGCUGCUGCAGCUGCUGCAUGCGCUGCAGCAGCUCGCGCUGCAGCAGCCCCUUAUCUGCCGUCGCUUCCUUACAGAUAAUCCUUCAUUAACUUAUGCUGCUACUUAUGCCAUGUUCUUAAUAGGGGGCAUCAGCAGCAAAGAUCUUGCUGCUGCAGAAGCAGAUGCUCAGCAGCACAAACAGCAGCAGCAGCAGCAGCAGCAGCAGCAGCAGCAGCAGCAGCAAGUUGCAGCUACCUUUGAUGCACUUAAAAGGCUACCAGAGUUCGAGAGGCAGCAACUGCAGCGCAACAGAGAAGAAAGGCAGCAGCAACUUAAGGCAGCAAAUAUGCUGCCUACACAACGCGCACCUCCUGCAGCAGCAGCAGGCAGCAGCAGCAGCAGCAGCAGCAGCAGCGGCACUAGUGGUAUUGCUACACCAGCAACAACAACGAUGACCCCACCGCAACAGCAACAGCAGCAGCAACCGCAUAUCAUGCAAGCACAACCCAUGCUGCAGCAGCAGCAGUUGCAGCAGCAGCAACCGCAGGUACAGCAGCAGCAGCAGCAGCAGCAGCCGCAGUUGCUGCAACCACAUCAGUUAACCCAGCCGCAGACUUUGCAGCAGCAGCAACCGAUGCAGCAGCAGCAAACAUUGCAGCCACAGCAGCAGCUGCUGCAGCAACAGCAACCUAUGCAGCAGCAGCAACCAUUACAACAGCAGCAGCAACCGUUGAAGCACCAACAGUCGCUGCAGCAGCAGCAGCAGCCACUGCAGCAGCAACAGCUGCAGCAGCAGCAUCAGCUCUUGCAGCAACAGCAACCAAUGCAGCAACAACCACAGAUACAUCAGCCACAGCUACAGCAGCAGCAGCUGCAGCCGCAGCAGCAGCAGCAGCAGCAGCAGCAGCAGCAGCAAGCUAUGCUGCAGCAACCUGCUGCUAUAGCACCGCACCUCUCUACUGGUAUGUCUACGGAUGCUACUCACGGGGCAGCAGCAGCAACAGCAGCAGCAGGAGCAACAACAGCAGCAACAGCAGCACCACAAUGCCGUUGGCCUCCUACUAUGGGUCCUGUAGUUAUACAGCCCCAGGGGGCCCCUGAGGGGCCCCUCCUGUCUUCGUCUGCUGCUGCUCCUGCUGCUGCUGCUGCUCCUGCAGCAGGACGAGCAGCGGUUUCACAGCCAAUGGGAAGCGUCCUUUCGCCUCGUGGAGCAGCAGCAGCAGCAGGAGCAGCAGCAGCUCCAGCAGCAGCAGCAGCAGCAGCAGCAGCAGGAGGGCCGAUGCCUGGCGAUGUUGCUGCAGGUGGGGGGGGCCCAUCUGCGGGGCCCCAGGGGGGCCCCCUGGGGGCCCCCACACGCCAGUGGGUUGCUGCGUCUAAAGCAGCAGCUCCUACUGCAGUACCUCUGCUGCAGCAAAGCAGAGGGUAUUCACAAGGGGGCCCCCUCCCCUCACAAGCAGGAGCAGCAGCAGGAGCAGCAGGUGCAGCAGCAGGAGGACUUGGGGGCCCACAGCAGCAGACGGCGACGGGUCUUGGAGAAGCAGCAGGAGGGAUUAGGGGUAUGUUAUAA